AUGGCUUCCGGUCCCAGCUUAGCGGCCUCCACCGAGGAGCCACAUGCGGCUUUUCCCCCGUCACCGGAGCUUCGGUUCAAGCUGCUCUUCGUUCCGUUCGCGGAAUUCCUCCUCACCCUCACUGUCCCUUCGAUUGCCGCCGUCAACCGACCCUUCCCCAGACUCAACUCCUUUGGUCCAAUUUCCGGGGUAGAGAUGCCGGAUCUCGUAGACCCCAGAGAGAACAAUGAGGAGAAGCUUAUUUGA